GAAUCCCAUCUUAAAGGUCUAAUUUCAUCACAGCCGUUUUUCUUUUCUUCUUUUUCUCUUUCACCUUUACUUCGGUUUUCAUCUAUAUAUCAUGUCCGCAGGUCUUCGUCAAGCUUUCAAAACGGCCAAGGCAGAAAACCGUGCCGCGUUUGUCACCUUUAUUACCGCCGGUUAUCCCACGCCAGCCGCCACAGUCGAUAAUCUUCUUGCACUCCAACGAGGUGGUGCUGACGUGAUUGAACUCGGUAUCCCUUUCACUGACCCUUUGGCUGACGGUCCUACCAUUCAAUAUGCCAAUACUGAAUCUUUGAAACACAACACUGAUAUCUCCAUGUGUCUUCAAAUGGUUCGAGAUGCACGAUCCAAGGGUCUCAAGGUCCCUGUCGUGUUCAUGGGUUACUAUAAUCCCAUCCUUGCCUAUGGCGAAGAAAAGAUCAUUCGUGAUUGUAAGGAAGCCGGUGUCAAUGGUUACAUUUUGGUCGACUUGCCUCCGGAGGAAUCACACAGCUUCCGUAACAUCUGCCACAAAUACGGAAUGUCUUACGUUCCUCUGAUUGCCCCUUCCACCACCGAAGCGCGUAUUCAACGUCUUGCCAAGUUGGCCGACUCGUUCAUCUACGUCGUCUCCCGCUUGGGUGUCACCGGUGUGUCUGAUCAAGUGAACAAGGAAUUGCCUCAAAUGGUGGCUCGUAUCCGCAAGUACACCGAUGUGUAUUUGGCCGUCGGUUUCGGCGUCUCCAAUCGUGAACAUUUCGAAAAGGUCGGAGCCCACGCCGAUGGUGUCGUCAUUGGCUCUCGCAUCAUCACCUUGAUCCGCGACACGCAGGCUGCAAACCAAGACAUCUCUGAGGCCCUCGAAAAAUAUGGUGCCGAGGUGUCGGGACGCAAGCCCAACUUGGAAACUGAAGCCGCGAAGGCCGAUGUUCAAGCCGAUAUCGAAGUGAACGAAGUGGCUGGUCAAGGCAUCAUUCUUGAAGACAACACAGCGACCAGCUUUUACGAAUUGCAAACCCGAUUCGGUGAUUUUGGUGGCGCGUAUGUGCCUGAAGCCCUCGUGGAUUGUUUGACCCAAUUGGAACAGUGUUUCAUUGCCGCCAAGGACGACCCGGCUUUUAUUGCUGAAUUCCAGUCGUACUAUGACUACAUGUCGCGACCUUCUCAGUUGCAGUUUGCCAACCGUUUGACGGAAGAUGCUGGUGGUGCCAAGAUUUGGUUGAAACGUGAAGAUUUGAACCACACCGGUUCGCACAAGAUCAACAACGCCGUGGGCCAGAUUUUGUUGGCCCGUCGUCUGGGCAAGAAGCGUAUCAUUGCUGAAACCGGCGCCGGUCAGCACGGUGUCGCGACCGCCACUGUUUGUGCGAAAUUUGGUUUGGAGUGUGUGGUGUACAUGGGUGAAGAAGAUUGCCGUCGUCAAGCUUUGAACGUUUUCCGUAUGCGCAUGUUGGGCGCGACCGUGGUGCCUGUCAAGGGCGGAUCUCGAACUUUGAAGGAUGCCAUCAACGAAGCGAUGCGUGACUGGGUCACCAACGUCGAUACCACACACUACCUUGUGGGUUCUGCCAUCGGUCCUCAUCCUUUCCCCAUGAUUGUGCGUGAAUUCCAGUCGGUGAUUGGCCGUGAAGCGAAGCGUCAAUUGCAAGAAAAGGCCGGCAAGUUGCCUGAUGUCGUGGUGGCCUGUGUGGGCGGUGGUUCGAAUGCUAUUGGUAUGUUCCAUCCUUUCGUGGAAGACAAAUCGGUUCGCAUUGUCGGUGUGGAAGCCGGUGGUGAUGGUGUGGAUACGAUGAAACAUUCAGCGACCUUGAGCAAGGGUACCCCAGGUGUGCUUCACGGUACACGCACGUACCUCUUGCAAGACACCAAGGGCCAGAUCGUCGAAACGCACUCGGUCAGUGCUGGUCUUGAUUACCCCGGUGUGGGUCCCGAGCACGCUUUCCUUAUGGCUUCCGGUCGUGCCGAAUACAAUGUGGCCGAUGAUGCCCAGGCCUUGAUUGGUUUCCGCAAACUCACCCAGCUGGAAGGUAUUAUUCCCGCCCUUGAAUCAUCCCACGCUAUCUACUACGCACACAAGUUGGCCCAAGAAUUACCCAAGGACAAGGAUAUCGUCGUCUGUCUUUCAGGUCGUGGUGACAAGGACAUGCACACCGUGGCGGAAGUGCUUCCCAAGUUGGGUCCCAAGAUCGGUUGGGAUUUGCGCUUUGACUAAAUUCUUUGCUCUCAUUCAUUUCAUUUCUUCUUUUUUCCUGCCUAAAAAAACAUCUUACGUCUUCCCUCUUUUAUAACCAUCUCCAUUUUGUAAAUGUUACCGUGUAUUUUCGUAGAUAAAUAAAUCAAAGGAAUUGAUCCAAU